AUGACCAAAGGUAACUGGCUGCAGGAGAAAUUGGGAGUUAUGCACAUGUCAUGUUUGCCACAGGGUGAUGGGGGGCAUACAGCAUCUCUUGCCACCUAUGUGAGGAAUGCUAUAGUGAGCUUGAAGCAUGAGAAUGGAUCAGAUCUCUGCACACUUUAUGGAAGCAACAUGACCAAGGUGUUACCUCCUGAUCUGGGUCCUACAAUUGCAUUCAAUUUGAAAAGGGAUGAUGGGUCAUGGUUUGGAUAUCGUGAAGUGGAAAAAUUAGCUUCUUUAUCUGGAUUCUGGGAUCCAGUUGCGGGCUGCUUCUGCUAUCCGUGCAUGUGCAAUCCUGGUGCAUGUGCUAAAAAUCUUGGUUUGUCUCAUUCUGAACUUCUUUCCAAUAUUGAGGCUGGCCAUGUUUGCUGGGAUGAUAACGACAUAUUGAAUGGGAAACCAACAGGUGCUGUUAGGGUAUCAUUCAGUAAUAUGUCAACAUUUGAGGAUGCAGAGAAAUUUCUGAAGUUUGUAGUAUCUUCUUUCGUAGUAAAGCCAAAUUUAUCCAGGGAUGCAUAUCCAUUUGAAACACAAUUAUUUACUGGGAGGCAGUUUGUUGGGGGAGUACAUCUGAAAUCCAUCACAAUCUAUCCAGUAAAAUCUUGUGCGGGAUUCAGUGUGCAAAGCUGGCCCUUGAGUAAUACAGAAACUACUGUUGUAAAGUGCUAUAGCGGAAAUAUAGAUGGAGAAACCGACAAUUUUAUUUAUGUCCAAUGCUAUAAAAUUUGUGAUGUACCUUUUGCAAUGUAGUGGUCCUUGACCAGUAUGAGAUGGAUUUGGAGGACUGAGGAAGUUGUGUGGGUUUGAAUUUGAAAGUCUUUGAAGGAAUUAUGUAUGCAUGAAUAUUCAA